UGCGAAUCUUCAGCUGGUCUGAAGGAAGUUCGAAAGGAACGAAAGGGGAUAGUUUAAGUUGGGGUAUCACUCGGAUGACGCGUGUGCCAUGUGUGGAUACUAACUGUUUGGACUGAUUGUUUUGAUUGUGAUAAAAAGUGGAUAAAGUGUUACCAAAAUGAACCGAAAUUUUUUCAUUUACUGGACGUUUGUUUUGUGCCUGGUGGUCGAAGGAUACGCGGUGAACUACACGUGUACGGUCAAUCCCGACGGGUUCUGCAUCUUCCAGGGAGUUCGGAUUACAAGUGUUGAGGAAGCUAAUGAUGUGGACUUGCGGGCUCCCAGCUAUGACCUGACGAGGAUUAAGUUCCGCGAGUCGGAGAUGUUUGUGUUGCCCAGCAGGAUAUACUCGACCUUUCCGCAGAUAUUGGAGUUGCGUGUCUGGUGGCAGUCUUUGCACAGUAUUUACAUACCAUCGAAUCUGCUGCAUCUGGAUGCCGAACGAAAUCGGAUUAACACAAUCAGCUAUGACACCAGUACGGUGCCCAUGCUGAAGAAACUCGAACUGGGUCACAACAGGCUCAAAUCCAUCGAAAACAUAUCUUACUUUGAAAAUCUGGAAUUUUUAGACCUCUCUCACAACGAUAUACGAUCCAUAGAUUUGGUUCUGUUUCAACGGUUUAAACACCUCCGUGUGCUUGAUUUGGCGGCCAACAACAUGGCCAUUGUGAAAAACUCUAUGGAGCACAAACUGGAAUCACUAGCAGUAUUACACCUAAACGAUAACCGGCUGUCCUACCUAGACAUCAACGUACUUCGGCAGUUCCCAAACUUGGAAAAACUUGACCUUUUCAACAAUCAGCUAAUGUACAUGGAGUUUGAAAACAUGCGCUCGAUGUUCCCAAAGCUUUCAAUUGCAAACAUCUACGGCAACGACUGGAACUGCGAAAAUCUCGCUGAAAUGAUUAUUUACUUCAAGAAGAUCAACAUCCUGGAGUACAAACUGUACAGCGUGCUCAAGUGCAGGGAACGCGCCGUUGACGGAAUUUGUUGUUCGGAGGGAAAGGCACUUACGAUCCUAAAGAAAUCAAACCAGUACUUCUCAAACUAUGUGAAUGAGCUAAAUCUACACAGCCAGCACAUAAUGCAAGAGAUGAAGCAGUCCAAGCAAGAAAUUCGCAAACUGAUCGAACACGAGAACAUGACCCAGGCAUCACUGAAAGCAUUCAGCGACGACAUGAGCGCAAUUCGAAACCGAAUCGAAAGUAUCGCAGCUAUAACCGACGGUAAUAAUGGUAGCAGCACCGCUCUUCCUCGACAGACCAAGAAACAUGAAAAGGUCGACAAGCUGGUGCAGGAGAUCCUUAAGAUUAAACAAGAUCAUCAAAGUCUUGCUCGCGAAAACCAGGUGUUUAAGCAGCAGAUCGAGGGCUACGAAGAGAUGAAAUCCAUCAUUCAGGAGCUGAAACAGGAGAACAACAAUCUACGGACCAAGCUGGCCAAACUGCUUGAUGAUUUUCACGAGAUUAAGAGCGUCAAAAGUGUGCCGACGGCGUGACUAAUGGAGCACCGUCUUCACGGCGAUUGGGACACUUUCUUGUAGCAUCGGCAGAAAAAGAAACGGCAGCGGCUCAAAUCACUAAGCCGCUCUGUGACACAUCAAAUUGAUUGAUUUUAGCACGCCCGGAUGCGGUCGUGGGAGCGUUCGAGCCCUUCUCAACUCCACUUUCUAGAGUUAGACGCGGAAUUUGCUGGACAAACGUAGAACACGGAACGGAAGAGUCGAUCUCUAUCCGAACGUAGUUUAGAUUUAGGAAAAUCGUCUGGGACGAGCAUAGAUCUAAGAAAAGCUAUCCCCCUCACAGUUACCACAAGCAAAAUUGCCGGACAUUUGAAUGGUAACUGAUAAUGGGGCCGGUUUGAUUUCGGUAUCUGACUGUCAUAGCUCGGGAUGACACGCUGGUAUGCGCGUGCUCAAAAGUUGGGAAAGUCCCACCGAGGACAGCUCACUGAUUGGACACACAGUGAUAGGAAGGGAAAUUAAUUUAUUUACUUAAUCAAAUCAACAGCUAGAUGCAAUUCCAAAGAAGCUUUAAGGCAUUUCACCAAGUGUUCAAGUAGUGAAAUAAAUAAUAUAUUUCAAAAUGUACAAC